AUGAGAAGAAAGAAACAAACGAGAUCAUUAAAAAGUGAUUAUGAAGAGCUAAAUAAUGUUGUAAAUGCGGGAAAAGGAGACACGGGUCGUAACUUGAUAGUUGUGGAAGGCAAUCCUACAACGCAAUUUGUUCCGUCAGGUCUAGAAGUAGUGGAGCAAUGGGAAAGGGCAAACUAUUAA